GAAGAAAACCAGCUUAGAUCCAAGAGGAGAAAGAAAAUUCGGAAAACUUGGGGAGUUUAGGUGGAAAGCUUCGAGCGGCGCGUCUGCAACCAGCAAAAAGUGCAAAGAAGUCGGAAAAGUUCACUUUUCUCCUUUUGGAAAACCCACAAUUCGGAAACGUGUCCCGGCUUAGAUGAGGCACUGAGGAAUGCACAGUUGCCAUGGAAACACAGUCCCAGGCCAGUUCCGCAGCGGAGAAGAAGAAAAGGGUGGAGACCAUCGUGGCGACCAAGAGCUCCUCCUUGACCCGAACUGAGAUCAGCGAAAAGGCUGUGGCCUCCAGUACAACCUCCAAUGAGGACGACACUUCUGGUUCUCCGUAUCAUCGGGAGAGGCGCAAUGCGAUCGACGGGCUGCUAUCGGUGCCUGGCCUGGGCGCAGUGGCUUCUAAGCUGAGAGAGGAACCGUCCACGUCCACAGAAGACCGUCCCUCACUAGUGAAGAAGGAACUGCAUGCGUCUCUGCCUCACCUGCAUGAACACGCACUCCCUUACCGGGGUACGCUGUUUGCCAUGGACCCCCGAAAUGGCUACCUGGAACCUCAAUAUACUCCAGCUUUCUUUCCUGGGUUUCACCCUCCUGUGCCCAUCGAUGACAGACACACACAAGGACGCUACAUCUACGAGCCCUCGCCGGUCCCGCCACUCCACAUGCCCCCUACGCUGGCAGGCAGCCCUACGUUUUCUGAUAUCUCCGUCAUCAGAAUCCCGCCCCACCGGAACCCGUCGGUCGGAGCCGAGUCACCCUUUAACCCUCCGCCCCCGUACAUCAACCCCUACAUGGACUACAUCCGCUCGCUUCAUAGCAGCCCUUCUUUUUCUGUGAUCUCCGCAGCCAGGGGACUCAGCCCUGCAGAUGCCCCUCACACUGGUUUGACGACUGCAGAUUACUACCAUCAAAUGGCGCUGCUUGCAGGUCACCGUAGCCCUUACGCCGACAUCCUUCCCUCAGCCUUGUCCUCUGCUGGAGCAGGAACCAAUGCACUGCACAUGGAAUACCUGCACGCUCUGGAAGGUUCCCGCUUCUCCAGUCCCAGACUCCUGGCCCGUCAAAGCAGAAAGCGACCUCUAACCGGCUCACCGCACUCGGACGCGAGUUUCGAUUUCCAGACCAUGAUUCGGAAAUCACCCAACUCCCUGAACAGCAUCCUGAACAGCUCACGGCCGAGUUCGUCCACUAGUGGAUCCUACGGCCAUCUGUCUGUCGGCACCAUCAGUCCUGCGCUGAGUUUUGCCUAUCCUUCCACCCCCGUGGCGCUGCAGAUGCAUCAGCAGCUGAUUGGCCGGCCCCCAGGCAUCAUCGGCUCUGCGUUCGGGCAUAGUCCCCCUCUUAUUCACCCUACUCCUGCCUUUGCUACCCAGAGACCCAUAGCAAGCAUUGUCUCCUCUGGUCCUGGCCCUACAGACCGAUCUGCCGGCUCCACUGAGUCACAAAAUAAACCCACAAGCGAAUCCGCAGUGAGCAGCACAGGAGACCCCAUGCACCACAAACGCUCCAAAUUUAAACCCGAUAACGAACCAUCCAGUCCAGGACCAGUCAGUGUGCAGGAUCAGCCGGACGGAAUGACCCUGGUAAAAGAGGAAGGAGAGAAAGACGACGGAAAACAGGAACCAGAGGUGGUGUAUGAGACCAACUGCCACUGGGAGAACUGCUGCAGGGAGUUCGACACCCAGGAACAGCUUGUGCAACAUAUCAAUAAUGACCACAUCCACGGAGAGAAGAAGGAAUUUGUGUGUCGCUGGGAGGAGUGCUCUCGAGAACAGAAGCCGUUCAAGGCCCAGUACAUGCUAGUGGUCCACAUGCGCAGACACACGGGCGAAAAGCCACACAAGUGCACGUUUGAAGGCUGUUCCAAGGCCUAUUCCAGACUGGAAAACCUGAAGACACACUUGCGCUCUCACACUGGAGAGAAACCCUAUGUUUGUGAACACGAGGGCUGUAACAAGGCUUUCUCUAACGCAUCAGAUCGAGCGAAACAUCAGAACCGGACACAUUCCAAUGAGAAACCGUAUGUAUGUAAGAUUCCUGGCUGCACCAAGCGCUACACUGACCCCAGCUCUCUACGCAAACAUGUAAAGACAGUCCAUGGUCCUGAAGCCCAUGUCACCAAGAAACAGCGUGGAGACACUUACCCCCGGCCUCCAACCCAACCGCGUGAACCCGGGGCUAACGGACAAGGCCGGUCACCAGGGUCUCAAAGGCCUUUAGGUACAUUUGCUGACCAAAGAGAGUAUAACCAUGCUACCUCAAAACAAGAAGAAUGUCUGCAGGUCAAGUCAAUUAAGACAGAAAAGCCCAUGACGUCUCAGCCAAGCCCUGGCGGUCAGUCUUCAUGCGGCAGUGACCAGUCCCCCACCAGCUCCCAUCUCAGCCGUGGAGUCCAGCUUGUUGUGACCAGCAUUGGGCUGGUGGGGAAGGGGGUGGUGGUUGCGAACCAGGAGGAUGAAGAGGAGGAAGACGAGGAAGACCGAGAGGGAGAAGAUGAGGGUGCUCCUAUCAUGGACUGCACUGUAUCCACCGCUACCGCCACGGCGGCUACUCUAGCCCUGCAGGCACGCAGAAGUCUUGGGCGGCCUUUGCGCUGGAUGGAACAGGUUAAGAUGGAGAGGCUUAGGCAGGUGAACAGAGACGUGUCGAGACAUCUGUCACCCACACCGCCCCCGAAGGGCCAGAGCCUGCCUGGACUGACAGGUAACGGGUCGUGUACUGUUCAGAACACGUGUGGGGGUUCACUAGUGCCUCAGCCUCCUUCAUAUACUGAACCAUCCAGCACAGAACUGACGGUUCUAAACCUCUUACGGGACCGGGACCGUCGUGACAGCAGGGACAGCGCCACCAGCUCGGCCUAUCUCAGCAGUAGCCGGCGUUCCUCUGGCAUCUCUCCCUGCUUCUCAAGCCGCCGUUCCAGUCAGGCCUCGCAGUCUGAGCACACGCAGCACAGGCGCCUGCACAACCUCAGCGCUACCGACUCCUACGACCCCAUCUCCACUGACGCCUCACGCCGCUCCAGCGAGGCCAGUCAGUGUGGAGGAGGCGUAGGCUCCGGUGGGCUGGUGUUCGGUGGAAACUGCGGUUGUGGAAGUGGCGGUGUGGGAGGAGGUGCCUUCGGAUCGAAGGGUGUCCUGAACCUGACCCCGGCACAGCAUUAUCAUCUCAAGGCUAAGUACGCUGCGGCAACAGGUGGACCCCCGCCGACACCUUUGCCAAACAUGGAACAGGUGACAUCGAAGAUUCGGAUGACUGUUGCCGGGCAGGAGGAGAGUCAGCUCACACUGCCACCUCUGGUCAAACCACGGCGCUGCAGUGAUGGUAGCGCUCAUGGACAUAGUGGUCACACGGGGUACAGGCAUAGGGUAUUCUACCCAGGCGAAAACCCGGGCAUUAGUGACCGAAGGGCGAGUGACCCUGUACGGACAAGAGAUCACAGUACCCACGACAUGCCCCAAAUACAGCGUUUUAGCAGCUUGAAUAAUAUGCACCCCUUACCCCCUCUGGCUAGCAAUCAUUUGCCACAAGGUCUAAGCCUCCAAAACUACACCCGCUCCGAGGGUAAUAUCCAGAACAACCUGCUUUCCCCUUGCCCCCCAAGCAUCUUAGAGCAAUCAGCACUUGAAGCCUUGGCCAUGGAGCAUGAUGGAGCUCACCUGUUCAGAGAUGAUGACGUUCUGCCCGAUGACUUGACCCAGUACCUCAGAAAUGAGGAACAUGAGGUUGUACGUAGCCAGCAAAAUGGUACAAGUUCCUACAUUUACAGAAAUAAUGGCACACAGGUACGGAAUUUCCAGCAACAGGAGGGACAAAGUCCCAGGAAUGAUGGCCUGCCCAUCCAAUGGAAUGAAGUAACCUCAGGAAGCGCUGAUGUUUCUCCUCCCCGGCCAAGCCAGACCAACGCAGCAGGCCGUCCAUUCGGUCACUUUGAAAAUAUGGUCGUGGUACAGCAGCUCCCUUCAGACUUUAUAGACCACUGCAACUCUAACCACAAUGGGAUGACUUACCCAAAUCAACAGAGGCAAGGUUCUAAUGUAAGCCAAGAUCUGUCUUCCAGGAUGAACCUUGGUGUGAAUACAGGAACAACUCCAGGGAGUUGUAAGGUAACCGGAAGAGGUAGCUCGAGCACUUAUAAUUUUGGCCAAUCAGGCAUCCAGAUUGCUCCAGGAUCUGUCCGACCGAACAAUUUCCACCAAGUAAACUCAUCACGAGAUCAAAUACGGGGAGGAACAUCAAGUUGCAGAUUAUCCCGUACCUCCGUAUUACCCCAUAUUCAGUCCCAGCCCACUAUAGCACAGCGAUAUUCCACCUCACAACUCAUUAACGGUCGCAACGGACAGCCCUACCAGCAGCAAACUUGUAGAAAAGUCAACAGCACCAGCUGUUCGCUUGUUAAUCAGGUUUCAGGACUUAAACUAGAAGUAGACGAUCGACUUCAACCAAACUCGUGCUCUUCCAUGCAGCAAGAGCAGUUAUUUGAUCAGUCCUUCAACACUGAGUUCUGUCAAAUGGAAUCUUUUAGGAAUGAUCAGGUAUCUCUUGGACCCUCGGGGGAUGUUCUGUCUCCUGGGGCCAACCAGGUGACCAGUACCAUAGAGUGCAGCACAGACGACAAUGUCCUGGAUAACGUCGGCCUGAACUUUUCCUCCAUCCUGGACGAUAACUUCGACCAGGGCAGUCUGGUAUCCGAUGUCGUUAGUCCCAGCAGUCACGGUUUAUCGCACGCUUCCUCUCGGCUAAUGACUCCUCAUCUCUCGAAUAUGUUUCAGAGCGUACCUCCUGGCACCAGCAACAUGGCUAUCGGCGACAUGAGCUCCCUUCUGUCCACCCUCGCGGAAGAGAGCAAGUUUCUUGCCAUCAUGCAGUAGCGUAAACCACCACCACCCUAAUAGAGAGAGUGGAAAAUAGACAACGUACAGAUAAUUACUGUAAUAUUAUGUAAGGAUAUGUGGAUAAAAAGAAAAAAAUAAGGAUUUUUGGAUUUAACAACAUGAGGAUUUAACUCAAUGUA